AACUUGCAGGAUGGAGCGAGAACGAGAACGCACAGCAGAAGAUACACAACUUGUUCUUCAACUCACCAAUCCCGAUCAACGAGAGGGUGCCUUGCUGGAGCUGAGCAAGAAACGCGAGGCCUUCACGGAUCUCGCUCCCAUUUUAUGGCAUUCGUAUGGGACAAUCUCCGCUCUCCUGCAGGAAAUGGUGGCUAUCUACCCGCUGCUUUCACCCCCCACGCUAACUCCUCACGCAAGCAAUCGGGUAUGCAACGCCCUCGCCUUGCUGCAGUGCGUGGCGUCCCAUCCUGAGACGAGGGCGUUGUUCUUGAAAGCCCAUAUUCCCCUUUACCUCUACCCUUUCCUCAACACUGUGAGCAAGAACCGUCCGUUCGAGUACCUUCGGCUGACAAGCUUGGGAGUUAUUGGAGCGCUGGUGAAGAUGGAUGAUGCGGAAGUCAUCAAUUUUCUGCUGCAGACCGAGAUAAUUCCGUUAUGCUUACGAAUAAUGGAGACGGGGAGCGAGCUAUCCAAGACUGUGGCUACGUUCAUCGUCCAAAAAAUUCUGCUGGAUGAGCACGGGCUCGAGUACAUUUGCCAAACGGCCGAGCGGUUUUACGCUGUCAGCACGGUGCUCGGUAACAUGGUGGCCGUUCUCGUGGAAAGCCCGUCUGUGCGUUUGCUCAAGCAUGUCGUGCGCUGCUAUCUGCGGCUGUCGGACAACUUAAGAGCGCGCGAAGCGCUCCGGCAAUGCCUCCCAGACUCCUUGCGGAAUAACACCUUCACCAAUGUGCUCAAGGACGAUGUUUCAGUCAAACGUUGGCUGACAUCGUUACUCUUCAACUUGACGGAGCAGACUUGAUUAGAGGUGAGCUGUUUGCCCAUCCAAGGAAUGGAGUCCUCACCUUGCAGACGCUGGCAAGCGGCCGUUAAGAUGGGAAACCAUAAAAUCUGGUGACAGUGUCUCUUCUAAGUAGGAUUCGGAGUUGCUGGCGUCAUCAGAACCGGCGCACUCUGUAGGUUAAUGCCGGGUUGUUGGUUCAUCAGACUGUUUAGACGUAUGCUGGUCGUGAGUAGCUCCGGCGGCGACCUGUAGGCAAAAUACCAUGAAGUUGUCGCGGCACCGGCUUCAGACGCAAGGAGUGUUUUCACUACAUGAGCAUGGAGUGCGCUGUAACCGGGAAAGAUGAUGGCACUAGUCAGCGCAGUCCCGCUGCAACUAUACUCCAAGCAAGCAUUAGGCAAGUCAAGCUUUGCAGGAACAACCGCGAAAGACUUUCCACAACCAUGCGGGGUGCCUUGCAGGUCUCUCAUCGUAAGAGAGUGGGCGGAGGAUGCGAGUGCCGAUAUUCAAAACUUAAACUCAGCGCACGAUUCCAAGAAAACGUUGUUUAGGACCGCUCAGUCAAUCAAUCGAAACCGAAUUCUGAAGCCUUCCCUCUGAGGACGCUGUUUAGUCUGUUGGGGAAUUAAUUUCAACAGUUAAGGGGGUGUAUGUCCAAGUAGAUUUGAUCACUUUUCAUUCCUCGGCAUUUUUUCUCUCUCCCUAGCAAGCCUUCUCUCGCGAUUCCUUCCCAGGGGCACGCAGAAGGCUCUUCGGUACAUUAAUGCUCGUGCCCGGAGUCGGCAGGCCACCGUGGCGCAUGUGGUUGAUGCUAAAGUCGCGCAAAUUGGCUCGAUACCCAGGGGACGCGUUCCGCGA